CCCGCGUCCGGCACCACGUGACCGCGCCCUCGGUGCGGGCGGAAAAUUUACAACGCGUCCCGUGAAACAAAAACCAAACUUACGAGGGCAUCGCAACGCUAUUCAUUCCCCCCCGCCUCCCCCUUACCCCACCCGGGGUGUAAGGACGGUAAAUUAAGUGGCGGAGGUGGUGUUUAAAAUAAAGGGGGAGGGGAUGUUGUCUCCAGGGCCUCAGGGAGGAUGUUUAUGACGAGCUCCAGUUGCUGCAUCUUCCCUCAGUCAGUCAGUGUUCUUUCCUCAGCAUGGCGAAUGACUACCUGUUCAAGGUGCUGGUCAUUGGGGACUGCACGGUGGGUAAGACCUCCCUGGUGCAGCGUUAUGCCAACGACAGCUUCAGUAAGAACUACAAAUCCACCGUGGGAGCAGGGAAAAUGCGUGGAAGAGAAGCUUUAAUUGAAGUUGAGCAAAAUAUUGACCCCAUAAAGACUAAUUAUUUUGUUUUCAGUUAUAAGGGCCAUGAUUCUCCAACAGGUAUAUAUUUUGUUUUUAAAACCUGCUUAAUACAACUAAAGGAAGCUGGGGAUUGGAAGUGAAAUCAGACCAAAUUCUUAAAUUGCAUUUGAGGAUGUGGUUGACAGACAGUUUCACAAAAUUAUCAUGUCUGAUAACUGAAAAGAUGAGAUUUGCAAUUUGGAGAAGCAGUUGAAUUGAUUGGAAAGACCAGUGGGUUAAUUUGAAAGCCUAUGUACUGCACAAUCAAAUCUUAAGUUGACAAUUUCUUAAUAAGAGUAAUCCUAUUUUGUAAGAAGCUUUAGAUUGACUCUUAACAAACCAUGGUUUUGUAAUUCAUUUGUGGUUGACAAGUUUUUGUUCUGUUGCCUGACUAAUGACCUGUAGAUCUUUUUUUUUAUUUUUCCCCAGAAACAGAAGUAGUUCCAGUUGUAUCAAAAGCACAGUAGCAUCUCUAAGUCAUUUUAACAAGAGUAUUUAAAACUGAAUAAACACUGUCAUCCUGAAUGUGGUAGCUUAAUAUUUGUUCUUUAAUUUUUUGUGAGAAUGCAGCAGUAAUUGCCACUGCUUGGUUGUUUUUAGAAAAACUUACUGCACAUGGGCUGUGUUUUUAAAAUCGACCUGCCUCUGCUUUUUUUUCUUUCACCCAAUAAGGCACUUAAGGUUAUGUAAUGGAUACUUCUGCCAAUUUUUAAUUCCCCUCCGUGAGAAUGAAAGAAUGCCUGAGUAAGGCAUGGGCAUUGCACUGAAUUAAAAUUGAGAUGGAAACUAUUGCGUCCUUUUUUUAAUGGAAAGAAAAAUAAGCAGACUUCCGAAUGAGCGCGAACGCUUUUUUGACCUGUUCUGUGCUGAGCAGGUGACUUUGUUCUGUUCAUGUGCUGAAGAUUAAAGUUUGAGCCUCAAAUGUUACUACUUGUGUGGAAAUGCAUUUGAUAUACACUUCAAAGUGGAGUUUGUGUCAGAAGUACGAUGGGGUGUUCAGUCGUUAAUUUCAGUAUGUCACCAAUUACCUUAGCUAACUGCACCUCUUGCCUUUGUUAUGGACCAGACCCCCUCAAAAUAUUAAGAAGAUUCAAAGUUUUAGCAAAGAUCUGUACCUCGGGUUGUGGAUGAGGUUGUUGACUUGCUCACCGA